UUACUCUCAAACGCAGCAUAGGAAACAGGAAAGGCUGCUCUCUCACUCUCUCUGACAUCUCAAGUCUCCGGUCUUCCCUACCCAGAAGCCAAACUAGCCAUGCACAAACAUACACAAAUUCGAACUUUCUGAACACUCUUGUUUCUCAAUGACCCAAAGAAUGGCAUCAUCAGACCCAGCAGUUGAUGCUCAAAGCCGCCUUUCCAUCCCCGAGUUCCUCAAUUUCUUGCCCACCGAACCAAAACUCUCCUACUCGUACACCCGCCCCUCCAGUGCUCACCUGCAGCUCUUCUGGACUCAUCGAGAGCCUGAAACCCUUAAAGAAAAGAUCAAAUCUGCACUUCAGCUCUUAGACUUGUCUUACUUUCCAACUUUAGUACAGUUCUGGGCACCCAAGAUCAUCAAAGAUCAAUGCCAUCUUACCACUUCAGACCAACCCUUUGGUCUCACUGUUUUGCGCAAAGGUCUCUGUUCUUAUAGAAAGUUGUGUGUAGGGUAUGAGUAUUUUGCUGGUGAGGCGCUAGAAGGGAAUCUUGGGCCUCCGGGUCGGGUAUUCAGAAAUGGGGUUGAUGAAUUUUGUCCAGAUGUGAGGUUUUACAACAAGGAAGAUUACCCACUUAGGGAGAGUGCAUUGGGUUGUGGGAUUGGGGGAUUCUUGGCUUUGCCUGUUUUUGAAGCUACUGGGGAGAGGUGUAUUGGGGUUCUGGAGUUUGUCACUGUAUGGGAUGGGAGUUACUGCUUGACUGAUUACAUUUGGAGAAUCAGAGAUGCUCUAAAGGCAGUAGGUUUGAGAUGUUUAGAUGUCUGUCGGCCCUUUGAAAUCAAUGGAGGUUCUGAAAGGCUCAACGACACACUUGACGAAAUUGAGAAGGUAUUGGAAGUGGUUUGUAAUAAGCACAAGAUGCCUUUAGCCCAGACCUGGUUCCCGAGUUCUGAUGGAAUCCACACGGAGAGUGUCAUGAUGACAACCAAAAAGGGAUCGUAUGUGUUAGGCAAGAGAGUUUCUUCCUUCCAAAAGGACUGUACGUACUUUCCUAUAAGGAAAGGGCAGGGGGUUGUUGGCGAGGCAUUUUUGUCUCCGAAUUUGAGUUCCUGCAAGGAUUUGACUUGCUUAAGUAUAAACGAGUACCCCUUUGCACCCGGUGCACGUAAGGUUGGUUUAACUUCCAGUUUUGCUGUUUGUUUGAAGAGUAUGGAUUCUGAAAAUGAUGUCUAUGUUAUAGAAUUCUUUCUAUCAGACCAACCGGCUUGCAGUCAAUCACAGACCUCACUGGAUUCACUUGCAGUAAUACAGACCUCGCUGGAUUCACUUGCAGUAACUAUUAACGAGCAUUUCCAUAGUUUUAAUAUUGCUGCUGCAGAGAACUUUCAUAACGAGUUUUCUGGUGAUGUUAAGAUGUCUGAGGAUGAAAAGAUUGAAGAUCCUCCGAGUAACGAGAAGAUGGCGGCUUUAGAAGGUGGAGACACGGGAAGUGAUAUUGAUGAUCAGGGUGUUGUUCACUUAGGCAACGAUGAGAGCCAAGGAAACAAUAUGUUAGAUGCAGAGCAAAAAGGCAUUGGUUUCGAUUCUCAAGAGAAAGAAGACAGCAUUCAGCCAUCAGAGACGGGAGACAUAGCUGCUGCCAAGCAUCAGGAUUUGAGUGAGAAGCAGGACGGUAAUGCCAACUCUUCUGAUUGCAUUCCAAGCAAACGUUUAACUUCUGAGCAUGAAUCUGAUCCCAGUGCCAAGAAACAAAAGAUAGAAUCAUUCCCGAUGGAACAGUCUUGCGUCGAUACUACUCCAGCCAACGGCCCUGAUUCUGUUUCUUCCCCAAUUCCACAAGUUACAACCGCGAAAGAUGAAACUCCCAUCACAGUAAAGGUGGUCCAUAAAGAUGAUAUCAUAAAGUUCCCGCUGUUUCUUUCAUCAGGAAUCGUGGAUUUCGAGGGUGAAGUUAUAAGCAGGAUGAAGUUAGAAGCCAAAAGCUUUCUCAUCAAGUGUCAAGACAAAGACGAGAAUUGGCUUCAAAUGCAGAGCGAUAUGGAUCUGCAGAGUUAUAUGAGCACCAUGAGGACAUUGGGCCGAAGCACGGUCAAAUUUUUUCUCGAGCUAAUUACCAAUUAGCCUCCUUCAUUAAUCUCACUGGAUGGAAACAUGUCUUAACUUGUGUAAUUCAUACUUCAUAUCCUUUGGUUUGUUUUCAGUUAUGGCAGAACUAUCUUUGAAGCUUUAAAUCUCUUUCUCUGCGUUCUCUAAGAAAA